CCCCAGGGUCCCCAGGGUCUGCAUGCAGGGACUAGUCUCCCUAUCUCGCAGGGUCCAGCAGAAGCGGCUGCUCCGGGAGCAGCAGAGCCAGCCGUCGCCCUGGUGGUAUAUGUGGAGUGAAGGACGGUGCUUAUCUCCUCAAAAGUCUUGUUUUUUGCGAGUUGAGUCCUUUCCAGCUCGCUUGUGUGAGUUAUCAGGAGGCCCAGCUUCAUCAGACCUGCACUGAGCCUCAGUCAUCUCUUAGGCCCGAGGGCCCGAAUGUGCCACCAUUUUUCAGGAAUGAUGCAACCAGACAAGGAUAAUUUGAAUAUUCCCUCUACAAACAGGAUAGUAAAUUCUUUCACAUAUGAUGUUAAGAGAGAUGUAUACAAUGAGGAGACAUUUCAACAGGAACACAGAAGGAAGACCACUAUUGGAAAUAUGGACAUUGACAUCACCACCUUGAGACAUCACAUCCAGUGCCGUUGCUCAUGGCAAAAGUUCCAAAAAUGGAUAAUUACAAUCUUCCCCUUCCUAGAGUGGAUGUGUUUAUAUAAAUUCAAAGACUGGCUUCUUGGAGAUUUAGUUGCUGGUAUAAGUGUUGGCAUUGUGCAAAUUCCCCAAGGGCUGACAUUUAGUUUGAUGGCAAGGCAAUUGAUUCCUCCUCUCAAUAUAUCCUAUGCGGCUUUCUGUUCUUCAGUAAUUUAUGUACUUUUUGGAUCAUGUCAUCAAAUGUCCAUUGGUUUCUUCUUCCUUUCAAGUGCUCUCAUGGUCAAUAUCUUGAAUUUGUAUCCAUUCAACAAUGGCCACCUGAUACUGGGAACUUUCAUCAAAAAUGACUUUUCUGACCCCUCCUACUACGUGGCCUACAAUAAAUCCUUGAGUGUGGUGGCAACCACAACUUUUCUGACUGGGAUUAUUCAGCAAUACCAUAGGACAAGAGGGGCACAAUUCCCACCACCGGAGUUCCACACCCCAUCCCCUCCAUUGGAAGCCCUCCCACUCUUUAUCCCUCUGGGAGCAAGGACCCAGGAUCAUUAUGGAGUACAGAAGCUAUCAAUGGGCUUUCUAGGUUUCGGCUUUGUUGCCACUUACCUUCCGGAAGCAGUAAUCAAUGCUUAUCUGGCUGCCACUGCACUGCAUGUUAUCAUGUCUCAAUUGACUGGCAUUUUUGGAGUUAUGAUUAGCUUCCACGCUGGUCCUGUCUCCUUCUUCUAUAACAUGGUUAACUACUGUUUAGGUCUCCCAAAAGCUAAUUCUACCAGCAUACUGCUAUUUCUAACUGCUGUUGUCGCUCUGAGAGUCAACAAAUGUAUCCGAAUUUCCUUCAACGAGUACCCCAUUGAGUUUCCCAUGGAAGUUUUUCUGAUUCUUGGCUUCACUCUAUUUGCAAACAAGAUAAACAUGGCCACAGAAAGCAGCAGGACGAUCAUUGAUAUGAUUCCUUAUAGUUACCUGUUACCUGUAACCCCAGACUUUGAAAUUCUUCCUCAAGUUGUUUUACAAGCUAUCUCCUUAGCUUUAGUAAGCUCCUCCCUGCUCAUAUUUCUGGGAAAGAAGAUUUCCAGUUACCAUAACUACAGUGUCAACUCUAACCAGGACUUAAUAGUCAUCGGUCUUUGCAAUGUCGUCAGUUCAUUUUUCAGAUCUUGUGUGUUUACUGGUUCUGUUGUCAGAACUAUUAUCCAGGAUAAAUCUGGAGGAAGACAACAGUUUGCAUCUCUGAUAGGCGCAGGUCUGAUGCUGCUCCUGAUGGUGAAGAUUAGAAGGUUUUUCUACGAUCUACCAAACGCUGUGCUGGCUGGUAUUAUUAUGAGCAACCUCUUACCAUAUUUUGAAACUAUUUUCUACCUACCUACUCUGUGGAGACAAAACCAGUAUGACUUCGUUAUUUGGAUAGUCACAUUAUUAGCUGCGCUUGUACUAGGAUUAGACCUUGGACUACUUGUUUCAAUAGUUUUUGCCUUCUUCAUGGUUACUGUUCAGUCACACAGGACUAAGAUUUUCCUACUGGGACAGAUCCCUAACACCAACAUUUACAGAAGCAUUACUGACUAUCGGGAGAUAAGGAGCAUUCCUGGGGUGAAACUCAUCCAGUGCUGCAACUCCAUUACAUUUGUAAAUGUUCACCAGCUGAAGAAAGUACUCUUAAAAGAGAUGGAAAUGGUAAAGAUACCUCUAAAGGAAGAAGAAAUUUUAGCCCUCUUCAGCCAAAGUGAGAAUGACUCAGAACCAGGCAAGAUUUGUAGAUGUUUCUGCAACUGUGAUGAACUGGAGCCACCACCCAGGAUUGUUUAUACAGAGCGAUUUGAAAAUCAACAGAGUCAAGAUUCACACUCCAACCUGGUCCGCUGCUCACAUGUUGAGAGUGAGACAAGCCAGUAUGAGACAGAGGACCAACUGCCAAACACAAUGUCUUCCACAUCUCAGAGAAACCAAGGGCAAAACUAUGAGGAGAUGAGAGCUUCACUUCCUAGUAUUUCCUCUAGAAAGAAUUCAGUGCCACUUCCUGACUCUGGUAACAGUCAGAUGAAGAGCAGAUCUGUGGGCCCUUAUUCAGAAGGGUCUCUUCCAGCUAGCAUUCACACCAUCAUCCUGGAUUUCUCCAUGGUUCAUUUUGUGGAUUCACAGGCUUCAGUCAUAUUAAGACAGAUGUUCAAUGCUUUCCAAAACAUCAACAUUUUGGUGCUCAUUGCAGGGUGUCACUCCUCUGUGGUCAAGUCAUUGGAGAGGAAUGACUUCUUUGAUGCUGGCAUCACCAAGUCCCAGAUGUUCCUCACCCUCCAUGAUGCUGUGCUGUUUGCCUUGUCAAGGAAGUUUAGAAACUACUCUGAGUUAAGCCUGGAUGAAAAUGAGACCGUGAUACAGGAAACCUACUCGGAAACAGAAAAGAUAGAUGACUUAGGAUAUAAACAGAGCAACAGUUUUACAGAAGUUUCCAAAGGCUUAACUCAAGGCUUCACUUUUGGAGAAGCAAUAGCAGAGGAGUCAUCAGAUCUAGACACAGAAAUGGAGGACAUGCUGGAGUCACCAGAAGAGGUUACACCACGGCAGGGUGGACAGAUGGAGCCAGACUCAGAACAGGAGCCUGAAGUCGAGGUGGAACCUGAUUUUGAGAUUGACUUUGAAUCUAACUUUGAACGUGAGCCUAAGCCUAAUCCCAAAACAAGGGUUUAUACUCUUCCUCGGCAGCAACGUCAGUAUCACUAUCUGUCUAUGCCUCCCAAGGCACCAAAUUAUCCUGUGAGUAAGAGAUGGUCAAAAGAAAAAAGGCGUCAACAUGUGAAGUCACAUGCACCCAAGGGCAACUACAUUGAACAUCCCUUGGAUCGGAACUAUGAAUAAGGGAGUUAGAUUCCCUUGGCAAAUCCUCCCUCCCCAAAGGGGGUCACUUGUUCUGGAAACUGAGACUACUUACAAACUAGCAGUACUUGGUUUGGGCUUCCUUUACCUGCUGACUCUCUUCCUUGUCCAACACUGGAGUUUCUUAAAUCAUAAUACUGAAAACGCCAAGCAUUAUUUCUGGAUUCCCUAUCUGGACUCAUCUCAUUUUAUGUUCAGCAGAUAUUCUAGUGAAGAAUUUUGUUCUUUGUACACCCUACAUCCAGGAUUCAGCCUGACAAUCUCUAACUUAAUCCUCUCAUCUCCGUUCCCUUUCUCCAAAGAGAUGAGACACAAAUAAAAUCUUUAACUCUA